GACAUGGUUCAUUAUGAGAAGCAGCUUUUAUACUGUCCCGGUAUCCCUGGAGCUGGGAAAACAGUGUUAUGUUCCGUCGCCAUCGAAUGUUUAGAACAGUCAUUUGCAAACAACAACGACAUUGGCAUCACAUAUAUUUUCUUCGACUUCAGACAGCAGUUGAGUUUGUUUGAGAUCUUAGCCGCACUUCUCAGGCAACUUUUACAAGGAAAAUCA